AUGAAUGGAGUCAAGGAGUUGAGCCAGCAUGGCUCCAACCUCAACGAGGUGAGCCGUACGGUUACUCAGAUCGUCUGCCACCCCAACUACAUCAGUAGUACCAGUAACAACGACAUCUGUCUGCUGAAGCUCUCCACCCCCGUGACUUUUACCAACUACAUCUGGCCAGUCUGCCUAGCUGCACCAGGUUGCUCCUUCUAUGCUGGCACUACUAGCUGGGUCACAGGCUGGGGCACCAUCAGCAGUGGAGGAAUGUUGAUCAAUUUUCGGUUUAUCAUCCCAUAUCUACCACAGAUCCUACAGGAGGUGGAUGUGCCAGUAGUGGGAAACAGGCAGUGUAACUGUAACUAUGGAGUUGGCUCCAUCACUGAAAACAUGAUCUGUGCUGGUCCAUCAGCAGGAGGAAAGGAUUCCUGUCAGGGGGACUCAGGAGGUCCGAUUGUGAGCAAACAGGGUAGUCGCUGGAUCCAGUCUGGCGUUGUGAGUUUUGGCCACGGCUGUGCUCUGGCAAAUUUCCCAGGUGUGUAUGCCAGAGUUUCCCAGUACCAGACCUGGAUCAACAGCCAGAUCACCAGUGACCAGCCAGGCUUCACCACCUUCUUAUCCAGUGGGACUGACUCUGACCUCCGUGUCACCUGCACAGGUCUGCCAUCAGUCAGAACCACCACCACCACCCCUACUACCACACCUGCACCUGUGGUGUGUGGCAGCGCCAGCGCCUCUUUGAACUCCCGUAUUGGUGGGGGAAGCUCGUUGGCGACAGCAGGCUUGUGGCCCUGGAUAGCCACCCUACAGAAGAACGGGGCACGCGUCUGCGGGGGCACGUUAGUGGCGGUAGACUCUGUUCUGAGCGAUGCUAGCUGCUUCUCCAGGUAA